CCCGAGCGCCAGACGCGGAGCUGGGAAAAGAGAGGCAGAGGAGGCGGAGGCGGAGGCAGACCCGGGCGCCGAGACCUACCGACAGACCGGCGGGGCUGGGCCACGCAGACCCGGCCCAGCGAGUUCCCCCCGCGACUCGAGCACGGUCCCCGAGAGCCGGCCUCGGACUGGCCUGGGAGCCAGAGGCGCCAGAACAGAUCCCGAAUCAGGCUUUCCUGGGCUUCCGACGAGGGCUGGCCCUUCGGAAGGUGCCUUCUUCAACAGCAGGACCAGGCAGGCCACCAUGACCGAGAACUCCACAUCCACCCCUGCGGCCAAGCCCAAGCGGGCCAAGGCCUCCAAGAAGUCCACAGACCACCCCAAGUAUUCAGACAUGAUUGUGGCUGCCAUCCAGGCGGAGAAGAACCGUGCUGGGUCUUCGCGCCAGUCCAUCCAGAAGUACAUCAAGAGCCACUACAAGGUGGGUGAGAACGCUGACUCCCAGAUCAAGUUGUCCAUCAAGCGCUUGGUCACCACUGGGGUCCUCAAGCAGACCAAAGGAGUGGGUGCCUCGGGGUCUUUCCGGCUGGCCAAGAGCGACGAGCCCAAGAGGUCAGUGGCCUUCAAGAAGACGAAGAAGGAAGUCAAGAAGGUGGCCACGCCAAAGAAGGCCGCCAAGCCCAAGAAGGCUGCCUCUAAAGCCCCAAGCAAGAAGCCCAAAGCCACCCCAGUCAAGAAGGCCAAGAAGAAGCCAGCUGCCACGCCCAAGAAAACCAAAAAACCCAAGACUGUCAAAGCCAAGCCAGUCAAGGCAUCCAAGCCUAAGAAGGGCAAACCAGUGAAGCCCAAAGCCAAGUCCAGUGCCAAGAGGGCCGGCAAGAAAAAGUGACAAUGAGGCUUUCCUUGUGGACACUCCUGCCUGUCUCCUAUUUUCUGUAAAUACUUUUCUCCUUUCUUCUCUCUGAUCCCCAUCUGCAACCCUUUGCCCCCUUUCCUUCUGACUUUAUAAAGAGACAGUUUGUAUUCCUCCGAAAUUAGGGAAUAAUUCAUUUUUCCUUAACCAAUGAUGCAAGGACAGCAACAACAAAUCUCAUCUCUGUAAUGAUGAGAAUGUACUUAUAUUUUGUUAUGUUGAUUUGUUACUAAUAUGCUUAUGGGUUUGGGGAUUUGGGUGGGU